GGAAAGGGCGAGCGAGCGAGCGAGCGACAGCGAACCCCUGGAAGAAAAAUAAGUGAUUGAAUAUUUUUAUAUAUGUGCGGGUUUAAUCCGCAGUUUGCGGGCCUGAUCCUGGCUGGGUGUUGGAUCACUGCCCCCAAGGGACUCCGAAGAACUUGCAACUCACAAAGGGUUCAUCUUCCUCUUCAAACUUGAGAGUCAAACUUUUCUUAGAAUGUAGGGUCAUUGUUGUCCCAGUCUGGAGGAGCAAUCAUGAUGGAGAGUGGCAUGGAUGUUAAGAGGGAUCCAGUUGUGGUAUUCGGUAUCCCCGCAGACUCUCUAGUGCCUCCCCCCAUGGAUUUGGAGGAUGAAGUUGAGGCUCCUGUUGAACCUGGAGAAGAUGCUUCCAUUAUCCAACAACUGCCCACCUCCCCUUGUGACAUCCUGGUUCUCCCGAAGCUUCAAGAUCUGGAUUCAGGUCUCUGCAGCCCCAGAGCAGAAGAGAUCAAGAUUGGCCUGGAUGGAGAUGAUGAGUCCAAAAGGUGUUCAGGAUCACAAGACACCACUUCUUUGAAUGCUGAGGGUUCUAGGAAUACUAUGGAGAAGGAUGCCAAAGCUUCAGCUCAGGAACAGAACGUAUGCUGGACACCCAAAUCAGCCCAGGCCUCAGCAGUUGGGAGUAACCUCAAGAUCAAGGCCACUGUUGACCAGGGUGAACCUCUGAUGGAGUUAGAGGAGGAGGAUAUAGAAGAAGAGAUUCCAGAGGCUGACCAGGCUGAGUUCUUAGGGCUUUUUGCCCAACUGCAGAGACUUGACCCUGGCUGCCAUGACAAGUUGCCCAGUUCUGAAGAUGACCUCUUGGCUGCCUCUGACAGCGAGGAAAGCCAUGGGUUAGGAGGUGGAAACAGGCGGCCCCUCCUAGAGCAUGCUGAGUGCCGGGGAGUGCCAGGCAAAUGUGCCCCUUGUCCACUCCACGUUGCCACAGGGCAAGGCCUUCGAGCAGCAGCCCACCACCUCCUAAGGUCUGUCCAGGGACAGAGAAGCCGAGAAUUGCUUUCCUCUGAAGCCAACCAGGAGGACUUGCUCAACCUCCUACAUUACGAAGGGGGCAUUCCCACAGAGGAGAAUGACCAGGUACCCCUGGCCUGCUCAAAUGUGAUGACCAGGACUGGAUGUCAGAAUAUGGGAGUUGAAGGAAGGGCUGUGGCACCAGAGAAGGUGCCUCCAGGUCCUGCCUGUCAUGAUCUGGAAGAGAAGGGAAGGAAAGGGACCAGGCCCAGCCCAAGGUUCCUAAAAGAAUCCACUGGCCUGGAAGCUGCUGCCUCCUCUGCCUCCAGCUUGGAGGCCCACAGCUGGGAAAACUCCCCAGAUCUAAGUUGGUUAACUGUGGGGGAGCUUAGACUGAACCGCAUGAAGGAUUCCUCUCCCACCUCCGAUCCAGGGAAUAAACCAAAUUUGUCAUCUUUCCCAGUUUACAAAGAUGUCCCAGGCCCCUGUGAGCCCGAAGAUCUGUUGGACGGGGUGAUCUUUGGAGCCAAAUACCUGGGUUCCACGCAGCUGGUUUCCGAGAGGAACCCUUCGACCAGCGUCCGCAUGGCUCAGGCUCAGGAGGCUGUGGACAGGAUUAAGGCUCCCGAAGGAGAAUCCCAGCCAAUGACUGAAGUAGAUCUCUUUGUCUCCACUCAACGGAUCAAGGUCCUCAGCGCCGACUCGCAGGAAGCCAUGAUGGAUCACCCUCUCCAGACCAUCUCCUACAUUGCUGACAUUGGGAAUAUUGUGGUGCUCAUGGCCCGUCGGAAGCUCCCUCGCCGGGCAGAUGCUUCCACCAAAAAACAGCUCUACAAAAUGAUCUGCCAUGUCUUCCAGUCACCCGACGCGCAGGUGAUAGCCCAAGCCAUCGGGCAGGUCUUUAGCGUGGCUUACCAACACUUCCUGCGGGCCAGCGGCGUUGACCCCAGCCAGCUUGGCUCCAUGCAGAGCGAGAACGAUGACGACAAGGAUCUUGGCCUGCCCGAGGGGGAGGAACUGUAUAAUGGAGACCUGGAUCACUUCUCCAAGCAAGAGAACUGUAAGGAAGUCAUCAUCUCUAAACAGAAGGGCGAGAUCCUGGGCGUGGUGAUUGUGGAGUCUGGUUGGGGCUCCAUCCUUCCCACCGUGGUCAUUGCAAACCUGAUGCACAGGGGAGCAGCGGAGCGAUCCGGCAAGCUGAGCAUUGGAGACCGCAUCAUGUCCAUCAAUGGGACGAGCCUGGUGGGGCUGCCCCUCGCGUCAUGCCAGAGCAUCAUACGGGAUCUGAAAAACCAGACUGAAGUAACCCUCAGCAUUGUACAUUGCCCCCCUGUCACUACAGCAAUUGUUCGAAGGCCUGGCACAAAAUAUCCUCUGGGGUUCUGUGUGGAAAAUGGCAUUGUGAGUAAUCUAGGUGGCUCAAACAAAUCUGUAGCCUCAUGCGUGGUGGGAUUGCAGAACGCGGUGGCGUCCGGGUGGGACAUCGCAUCAUCGAGAUCAAUGGGCAGAGCGUGGUGGCCAUGCCGCAUGAGAAGAUCAUCCAGAUCCUCACACAAGCGGUCAGCGAGGUUCAUAUCAAAACCAUGCCAGCCUCCACCUAUCGUCUUCUAACUGGCCAGGAGCAACCAGUCUUCCUCUGAUGGGACGGGCCUUGGCCACCUGGCUUCCUGAGGCCGCUUCAGAAGCUUGCUGCACCCCCAAGAUCUGAAGCCAGCCUCUGGGCUCAGUGCCCCAGAUCCACAAGGGAGUAGAGAGCGGCACGCCUGUUUCUGCUGCUUGAACCACCCCAGCCGAGUUAGUUGUUUGUGUCCUUUGCUGGGGGGAUGCAUCUGGGGUGCGGCCUUGGAAGUUAUCCCUCCUGGCUCGAGGUUGGCUUCUGCACUCUGAGAAAGCAGGAGAUACUGGAGAUUUAACCUUACACAAAUGUGCUGUGCGGUGCUGUACCUGAACUCAAGCGGUGGGGUUGGACUCUACCACUUCAAGGGGCGAGAAAUGGUGCAGGGUGGGAAGAAGGCCUUGAUUUUAUUAAAGUAAUUUUAAAAAAAAUCCUGAAGAUUGCAAAGCAGGUGGAGAACCUCAAGGGGUUCUCUUUUACAGAGACUUGUUUUAAAAGGCAAGACAAAAUAAGGCAAACAUCAAAAUACAGCAUUUUGUAAGUGCCCUGCUUCAGUCCAGAAUCGGGUUGCAGCCUUGUUGUUAAGGCAAGGCCUCCUGGCAAAUUUAAAAGGUUCUGCCCAGCAGGAUUUGGGGGGCAGGAGAAACUCCCACCCUCCUCUCCCUGGCUGUGUGGGAUCCCUCUCCCACCCCUGAAAUUCUCUGUUGCAGCCAUACAAGUCUGGCCUUUGCCAUUAGAAAUCAGG